AUGGAAACUAUUCCCAGGAGAAGACCUUUGGAAACGGAGACAGAAUCAAGCUACCCAGCUGCACACAGAGGAUAUGCAUUAAUUGCGAACGCGGCGCUACGACCUAGAGUGAGGACAACAUUUACUCCAUCAAAGGUUAAUGUUGAACCAAGUAACUCAUCGGACAAUUUGAAAACUGGACCAAAUGAUUAUUCAGAACCAGAGAAUUGGCCAAACACUUUGACAGCUGAACAGGAGGAGAGGUGUUACGACCCAAAUGACACAAGGUUUACAUUCGUCGAUGGAGAAGAUCAAAUGGAUUUUGAGCUCAAUGACUACAAGUCUCUCAGAGCAAAGAUGUCCUGUGGUCAUACUGUGACUCCAACGUCUCUCAUCAACUGGUGUCUCUGGCAGCUGGACGAGGGUAAGAUGCAGUUUGUUUGUGGCCUUUGUGAUGCUGUGUGGUCAUUUGAAGAGGUUUGCAAAAUGGCUCUGCUGACUCCUGCAGAAACAACAUACAUUGAGAGAAGAAUGUUCAAUAGAGUCGCCAAAGAUCAUUUGGAUGCCAAAAAAUGUCCCGGCUGCAAGAGUUUAGUGGUGAGAGAGGACCAGAACAACCUGAGGGUUUUCUGCACAGUGUGCACACGUAACAAAGGAAGGGCUUACGAAUUCUGCUGGCAGUGUUUGAAGAAAUGGACAGGUCCAUCUGAACAUGACGACCACUGUGCAAACCCUGAAUGCGCUAAUCAGCCACUGGAAAUCCUGAGAAAGUGUCCCGAGAUCACCUUCAAGGAUGUUAAGAUGGUGACCGGCUGUCCCUCUGUCCGUGCCUGUCCCACCUGUGGGUUUCUGAUCGAGCACAGCACAAUUAAAUGCAAAAACAUCGUCUGUACCCGGUGUAAGGUGGAGUUCUGUUUUGUGUGCUUGAAGCUCUCUGCAGUCUGUGGUUCAUUUUUCAUUGCUUGCAUCGAUGGUGUCGCCCCAAGACAGACCUCUAUACCAGAAUGGAAGAGGAAAUAAGAUGAUGUGUGAAAGAAUUAACUAACCAAAAUAAUAAAUAAACAUUCACUGAGUGCAAUCAUUAUUUUAAAAUAUUUCAUACUGACUUCAAGUUUUAUCUCUUUCACCAUCAAUUCCAAUUGGGAAUAAUAUUAUGCUCCAAAUUGAGUUUAAUUUCACUUCAUUUAUAAUUUUCAUCUUAGUUUUUCUGUUAGGGUCAUACAUAUAUAUAUAGAUACUGUUUUUUGG